ACGGCGGGCAGAUUCACAUGCGACAUGGGAUAGCAUAUAUGUUCAGCCUUCGCUCCCGUCUUUACGCCCUGCUUUGUUGCUGCUCUUUUCGCUUGCCUUGUUUGCCUUCCCUUCGUCCCGUUACCAUCCUCCCGGCUCCCAUUUCAGGAUGCAUCACCUGCCUCCCACACCUCCUCCUUCUCCUGCGCCUACCUGCAAGACCGAACAGGAUGCCCAAAGCUCGGACCGCCUGAAAGCUUGCAGCAAUUCUUCCCUCCAGCUGCUGGUUUCUGAAAUCUUUCAAGUCGGAAACGUCAUAUUGGUUAAUGUCCUGGUGCAUGUGCACCUCAUGAAAACGCCCCUCAACUCCACAUCGACGUACUAUUUCGAAGAACUCGAGCGGCACGAGUUUCAACUUCACCGUGCCAAGAGGACGUUCCCGCUUCUGCUCACGGGGCUUUACGAUUGUGUUGAAGCUUUCUCCUAUCAGUUGCAGCGAGGCGUCCAAUUAAAGGACUCUGAGGAUCGUAAAAUCUUGUUCCGCGCGGAAGAACCCGAUUGCGCUUUUGGUGCCAUGGAAUCAGGCAAUGUGGCUUUUGGGAUUCCUUGCCCCUGCAAGCGCCAGGGGACUAGAGCUUGUUCGACGUUUGACAGCUAUCGCAGAAGUCCCCAGCAGCCCCGCGUUUCUUGAGGUUUCAGGCCGUUUAUCAACAUAGAUUCCUUCUACAUGUACUCAAAGAUCCAGAUAGUGUUGUGUGUUCUAGUACUAUACAUACUCUUCGUCCUCUGCCAAGCAUUUACAGC